CCCAGCCGCCCGCCGCGCGCCACGCACCCUCGCGCCGCCGCGCCGCCCCACCACCGACUACUCGACUCACUUACGCUUCAUCACGUACUGAAUUCGGGUUUUGCAUAUUUGAGCCUCGCAAAAUCAACAAAUAUCUCUCCCGAAAUAAAAGCUUUUAAACGUCGCAAAUUAAGUUCGGAUAUCGGAAAAAGAACUGAGAUCGUUCGAAGUUUACAGAGUGCCAACGGAUAGCGAAGGAUUCUCCGCGCCCUCAUAAUGUAUUUCGCUUGAGGCUAGGUGAAGUGUGGACUACAUCUGGACUGGUGCGACGAUGAGUUAAUCCGUGAACGUUUCCGACGGUACUGUGUAUUGAGAUGAGUGCUACGUGUAAUUGACUGGAUAGAAGUUGAAUGAAAUGAGUGUUGCAAUAAAUUGACUGAUCAGUGCAUGGUUUCAAAUGAGUGCUUUGUUCAACUGAGUGGUGUACCGCAGCCAUGAGUUUCCUGACGUCGCUGGGUCAGUAUGUGGCGGGCGUGGCGGACAGCGUGGCGGGGCUGGCGCUGUCGCCACGCCGCGCGCCGCCCUCCCGUCAUCGCUCCGCCGAGGAGUCGCAGGCGCACCCGCCGCCACCAUCUACAGCUACCAUGAGAGGGUUUCCUCGCGUGGUACCAACGGAAGGAGCAUCAGCACUGAGUGCGAGGCGCCGCACGCUGGACUGCCUGGCGCCCGCGCCUCCACCUCGCCGUGGAGGGUCACUGCGCGUGCCUCGCAACCAGCAGCCGCCGAAACCCACCAUGGCAUUCUGCAAACGACGCCUCUCUUGGCCUGAAGUUGACAACUCUGUCAAUUCUGGGGUCCAAGACACAGACGGCUCAUACUUCGAAAACUUUACUGCCCUAUCAUGGCGUCAUGAGAACAGGCGCCUGGCAGCGCUGAGGCUGGUGGAAGCGCGCUCCGAGAGGGCACCGCCUGCCCCGCACGACCUCGCUCCCAGCGUGUCUGCACAGCUGUCGCACAAGGAACACGAACAUCUGUAUACAGAGGUGCUGUACUGCAUCGAAAACGCAGUAGGUGCGCCGGCCCCUGAUGGUCAAUUCGCAGCUUACAAAGAAGAGGUGGUAGAACACGCUCGCCGAGCGUUCAGGGUGUCUCCCGAGGUGCAGCGCGCCAUGCGCUCUGCUGGUAGCGAGCGACCGCCUACUGUCGUGCUCGGCUGCUCAGUGCUCGAAGCUGAUGGACUGGAAGCUAAAGACGCUAAUGGGUUCAGUGACCCAUACUGCAUGUUGGGUAUCCAGCCAGCAUCUCUGCCGGCUUCUCCUCGCGCCUCCGAGGACGAAGGACGCAAGCAUGGCUUCAGGCUGAGCUUCAAGCGUCGGGAUGGUCGCCAGCAACGCGACAGCCUUGGUAGACUGCCAGCGCGGUACAUACGAGCCACCAGCGUCCGACCUCAUACACUCUCGCCAAAGUGGAAUGAGACGUUCAAAUUCGAUAUCGAUGACAUCUCUUCGGAUGUCCUGCACCUGGAUAUCUGGGACCACGACGACGAGAGUUCGGUGCUGGAUGCAGUGUCGCGACUCAACGAGGUCCGAGGAGUUCGUGGCCUCGGACGCUUCUUCAAACAAGUCUGUCAGAGCGCUCGUCAAGGCAGCCAGGAUGACUUUUGGGGCUGCGUGAACAUUCCUCUUCGCGAGAUUCCUUCAACUGGCGUAGAGGCGUGGUACAAGCUGGAGGCUCGCUCCCAGCGCUCGUCAGUGCAGGGCCGCAUUCGCCUGAGACUGUGGCUGUCAGCUAGAGAGGCAGGCCGCCAUGAUGACGACAACUGGCAGCAGGUGCGGCAACACGAACGCCUAUUUGGCGUGCUACUGGCACAUGAAGUGGACCGCCGCGGCUGCCGGCGAGCCGAACCCAGCGCCGCCACCCCAACACCUCCAUGGGACGGAGACCUGUGUGGCGCUGCGCAGACUUUGCUCCACCAGCAUGCUAUACGGGACCUCAGCGCGCUUCAAGCAGCUAUUGCCCGAUUUGCCGCAGCAUGCCGAUUAAAUGCUGAUGCGCCUCUUGAUCCCAAGUACAUGCACAAACUGCUGAUUGAGUUGGAGCGCGCGUGGUGCGCCUGUGAAGCGAUAUCAGGCAGCGGCAGCGGAGACUCGGGCUCGGGAGCAUCGCGCGACGAGGAGCGCUGGCUAGCCGACUGCUUCGGGGAGUAUGUAGACCGCGCCCUGCACCAGCUCCGACUACAUCGCGACUUGUACCCAGUGCUGCACCAGUACAGCAUCAACAAGUUGGAAUAUUUACUACGAUGCUUGAGUCAGCUAUCACAAAUGAAGGCUUUCUGGCGUUGCUGCCCUUUAACAAAGAAAUAAGGUAAUGAGAUAGUGAGCGCUCUCCGCAAAGGCACAUCCGAGUGGUACGAGGCUCUAUGCGGCCAGGAUACACAUUCUGAACGAGAAGACCUCGUCAACCUCAUCACGCUCAUACAAAUCGACUUGCAGCAGGGACUCACCUACUAUCACCCACUGUUUGAAACGACUAAUAAUGUACCGUACUUCAGCAUAGUUUUUACUCAGAUAGACAAAAUGCUCUCAGAGGAUGUGAGGCAGUGCGUGGAGCACUGGGUUAUUGAAGGGUGGUGUGGCGUCGUUGAAGAACCGAUGUAUGAUGAACAAGGGAAUGGUGUGUGCCUGGUGACGAUAGCGAAGACUCUGCCGUUUGAAGUGUUAUCAGCGGUGCGCGAACUAUGCGCGGCCGCAUCCGUCGCGCCGCAGCCGCAGACGCAUCCCCAUGCACCGCACGAUCCGCCCCCACAGCUGCUUGAUGCGUAUCUGUGGUUUGAGCCGCUGAUCGAUCGAUGGCUCGCCGUCACCAAAACUAUGGCGCUGCAAAGAGUUCGAGCUGCCGUCGAACUUGACAGACCCGUAGAGGGAGAGCAUCUUGUAAAACACAGUACGUCGUCGGUCGACACUGCAGCCUGUUUAUACCACAUGCGGCUGGUGUGGCGGUCGGUGGGCGGUGCGGAGGAGUGCACCGCGGGCGGCAGCGUGCGUCUGCUAGAAGCUGCCUGUGCCACAGCACUGCACUAUGCCGACCUCGUCCACGGCGCACUGGCAGACCAGGGAUACUACGAGAACUACGGUCAAAACAAAACUACUGAAGAAAUAUGCACGAUCGUGAACAACUUGGAAUAUGUGCGACGCUCUCUAGCGGAGUACGACGACGAACACAUCGUGAAUGACGACAACGCACGUCAGCUGGUGCGAGGUGCCAUCGGAACUCUGGAGGCGCGAGCUGCCCGCGCCGCCGCGCCUCUCGCGCGCGCACGACCACCGCUACGGAAGGCCGUGUUCCAUCUAGCGUGGUCCCCGGAGCUACCCACUACACAGGCAAUAACUCCUCUACUGGAGUUUCUGGAUCAACACCUGUCUUCGUUGAACACGUGGCUGCUGCCUCGUGCGUUUAUACGCGCGUUGGCUGGCUGCUGGAGCGGCGUGCUCAAAGAAGUGUCCGCGCAAGCCGACGCGGGCGGAGCCGAGCGACCGCGCGUAUAUCAUCAUAGACUCAGAGAGGCACUCGACUUGUUAGCCGAAUUUUUCCACGCUGAAGGAAAAGGUCUCCCGAUGUCGGAGGUGCACAAUGCUGAGUGGUUCCGUGUGGAACAAAGGAUGGAAUAUCACCAGGCGCCCACCGAGAAACUAUUGGAGCUGUGGCUAGCGGACAGGCUCGCUGAACAAGCCCGCACUCCGCUGCCCUCACGAUACGGCUCCAUUCUUGUACGAGUGUACUUCAACCACGACUCGCUGUGCGUGGAGGUGCUGUCUGCUCGCGACGUGAUCCCGCUCGACCCCAACGGCUUGAGCGAUCCCUUCGUGGUGCUUGAACUGGUGCCCAAGCGACUGUUCCCCAAGGCGCAUGAACAAACAACCAAUGUGCAGAAGAAAACCCUGAACCCUAUAUGGGACGAGUGCUUCGAGUUCGCCGUAUCACUGGAUGCUUGCCGCUUCCCGGGCGCGGCGCUGGCACUAUCCGUGUGGGACCGCGACGUGCUGACGGCGGACGACUUCGCGGGCGAGGCGUUCGUGUCGCUGGCGCGCGUGCCCGGCGUCAACAGCCACGCGCCGCCCGACCCGCUGCGCCCCAUCGAGUUGCCGCUCAUGCAGCUCCAUGACCGCAAUCAUCCCAUCAUACAAAUUUUGGAGUCACGUACUACGGAUAAACUGGCCAUUGACUUCGUCAAGAAACAAAAGUUAAGAUUCGCUGAACAGUAAGUUGUCUGACAAGUUUCAAGCAUCUGUUUCUUACUACAUGUAUUUCGUUAUUUCUAUUUACGCACAACGUCCAUUAAAAUGUUGACAAUAUAUACUUAAAAAGAAUACAAAAAUGAAUUCAAUAUUUUUUAAACUUUUUAGUUAUUGAUUACAUACGUAUUUAUUAUUGUUAAGAUGUAAAAAGCGUCAUCAGUAUUAACGUAUGAAAUACUACAAAGACUGUGUAAUUCUUCUACUCACGAGAGAAUAUGAAUGUAAAAAGGUAUUGUGUAUGUGUAAAUUUCAAUGCAUUUUAUAUGUGUAUAGAGUUAGUACGCACCCUCGGAGCUUAUGUCCCUAGUCGUUAGUCUCUAUUAGAAGUUCCCGACCAAGUACUUUAAGGCUCGUUGUUUACAAUUUCAUAUACGUGCUGCUGUUCUACACCUGCCUUCAUCUUCUACAUGGACUUAUUACUGUUGAGCACUUUCCCCACUAAACAUAAUUAUCAUGGUGUUAGAUAUCGUACACCGUAACUUUGUCGACGGUAUAUGUAUAUAAAUAAACUUAAAUGCAAUUUACAUUACAAUACCAUAUUGCUCGAUUAGCUUUUGACCCUCAGAUUUAUGUGUUGUACCUAUUUAAAUCCGUGCUUGGUAAAUAUUUGCGAUACGUUAUUAUUUAUGUUCAACCCUCAAAGUUGUUAUUUAAAUGUUUUGUGGCUUUCUCUCCAGAUUGGGAUCUUACGAUGAUCUAUUGAUGUCGGACUCACAAAGAGUAUUCAAACUUUCAUUCAAUUCAAACAUUAGUUAAGAAGUUACAUGAGUUUUAUAUAACGUUAUAUUUGAAAUGAUUAUAUCCCGAAGUGACAUCCGAAUGAUUUCAAAAUUAUUUAUAUAAUUAAAUAUUAACCAUUAGGUAUGGUGCGUAUUUCACAGCUCGAUCAUUGGGGAAAAUUUUAUUAUUUAUAAAAAAUAUUGUGUACAAAAAUUUUAUAAAACUUUAUGCAUAUAUUUAUAAAACGAGCUUUUUAUUACCAACUGUCACAUCUACUACUUAAUAAAGAAUAUAUAAUUUAAAUUAUAUUAUACUGUAAUAUAUAUGGAAUGCAUUGUCUUCGACGACUGAUUUUCAUCGUUAGAUUUAAUUGUAUGAGAUAUAUUUUAUAACUAUACGUGGCGUAUGUACACUGUGUAUACAAGUAUAUUAUUGUAAUAGAUGAUGUAUUGAUGUUUUAAAUUAGCAAAUGAAUAUUAUAUACCUACUUUAUACAUGUAACAAUUAGUGUAAAUCGAAUGUUAAAGAUAUUGAGGUGGAUUUGUAUCUAACGAACACGAGAAAUCGUAUGUAACGGAAGGACGCGCCAGAUUUAUUAUGUUUCAUGAACGUACGAGAAGAGAACCAAGUUAUAGAGUAGUAGCAACCACUCGGCGGUGCGAUAUACUCGUACAGACUUUCUUAUAGAUUGAAGAAACUGAAAUGGAAUACUAAAGAAGCAACUUGGGAAUCCGGUUAGCCAUAGUAGAUAUAAUUCAAAAUCUUAAUUUUAAAUUAAUGUGUGACAGUUAAAUAAUCAAAUAAUAUAUAAGAAAACCAUUCGUAUAUGAUGAUGUUGUAAACUUUCUGCGCUCCUGUGUACUUACGAACACACUGUAGUAUAAAUUGUGAUUGAUGGAUACCUACUCCGCACCUAAUAGCAACCUCGAAGUCAUAUCCAGAGCUACCCUAACCAUAUCGCUGAGCUUUUAACGUCUACCUAAGAUAUAUGUAUUUUAAAGUUUAUACCUGCGCAGCGGGCCCGCGUCGAGAUGCCAAUCUAAGUAAUCGAUGCACUACCGCUUAUAUGCCAUGCUGUUUUGAUACGUUGGUGAAACCUUCAUAUUAUUAUAUAUCUUAUAAGCAUAAUUAAAUCAAAAUUUAUGAUCCUUUGGCUGAACAAGACCAUUCCAAAAGUCAAUUAUUUAAAAUAGGCUACAAAGACAACAUAUUAUACAUUCAAAAUCUAUAUAUUUUGGAAAGUAUUGCUCAUGAGAAGAGUCAUGUGCCAGCGAUCGAC